AAUGGCUUUGCUGCCAUGCUUGAUGAAAACCAAGCAUCGGAACUUGCAAAAUUUUCAGAUGUCGUUUCAGUUUUUGAAUGUCAAGCAAGAACAUUGCACACGACAAGAUCAUGGAACUUUCUCGGAAUGGAAAAACAUGAAGGAAUUCCUUUGAACUCCAUUUGGAACGCCGCACGAUUUGGUGAUGAUACAAUCAUAGCUAACUUUGAUUCAGGUGUUUGGCCGGAAGCUAAGAGCUUUAGUGACGAAGGGUAUGGUCCUAUCCCCUCGAGGUGGAAGGGAACUUGUCAAAGUGAUUCAGACCCCAACUUCCACUGCAACAAGAAGUUGAUUGGAGCAAGAUUCUUCAACAAAGGCUAUGGUAUCCUCAAUGCUACCUUCAAUUCUCCCAGAGACCAAGAAGGCCAUGGAACCCACACUUUAUCCAUAGCUGGAGGCAAUUUUGUAUCUGGAGCUAAUGUCUUUGCCAUGGCCAAUGGCACUGCCAAAGGCGGUUCACCUCGAGCCCGCAUCGCUUCCUACAAGGUAUGUUGGCCAGUAGAAGAUCGUCAGUGUUUGGAUCCAAAUGCCUUAGCUGCCUAUGAUGCUGCAAUCAGCGAUGGCGUCGACGUUAUCUCGGUUUCCAUCGGUGGAGAACCGAAAGAGUUUCUUAGAGAUGCACUCUCUGUAGGAGCCUUCCAUGCAGUUCAACAUGGCAUUGUUGUUGUCUGCUCUGCUGGGAACUUCGGACCGACUCCGGCAACCGUAUCAAACGUAUCGCCAUGGGUUCUAACCGUUGGAGCUAGUACGAUCGAUCGUGAUUUCACAAACUUCGUCGUCCUAGGAAACAAGAAGAAACUCAAAGGAACAAGCUUUUCUUCUAAAGCAUUGGCAUUCAACAAGUUCUAUCCUUUAAUCAAUGCUGUGGAUGCCAAAGCCAACAAUGCCUCUAGCAGUGAUGCGGAGGUUUGUAAUGAGAGAUCGCUUGAUCCCACAAAGCUGGCAGGGAAAAUUGUGGUUUGCCUUCGAGGGGUCAUUUCAAGAGUGUCAAAGGGCUAUGUAGUGGCCCAAGCAGGGGCUGCUGGCAUGAUUUUGGUUAACGAUAAGGACAAUGGGGAUGCCAUUGCCACUGAUCUGCACCUCCUCCCAGCUUCCCAUGUAACCUUCAACGACGGCAUAUCCAUCUUCCAAUACAUCAAAUCUACGAAGACACCAAUGGCUUGCAUCAGUUCUGUGAAGACAGAAUUAGAUGUCAAUCCAUCGCCAGUGAUGGCAGAUUUCUCAUCAAGAGGCCCCAGUACAAUCGAGGGGUCAAUCCUUAAGCCUGAUAUUACAGCACCAGGUGUUAAUAUAAUAGCGGCUUACCCAGAUGAAAUACCACUGAUAGAAUUACAGGUUGACGAUCGUCGUGCUCCUUUUAAGGUAGAUUCUGGCACAUCCAUGGCUUGCCCCCAUGUUGCUGGCAUUGUAGGCCUUCUCAAAUCUCGAUAUCCUAAAUGGAGUCCAGCCGCCAUUAAAUCUGCAAUUAUGACCACAGCCAAAACAAACGCCAACAACUUCAAUCCAAUCCUAGACUUUACCGGACUCAAAGCGACUCCGUUGGCAUACGGCAACGGACAUGUUGACCCAAACAAUGUGAUGGAUCCUGGCCUCGUUUACGACAUUUCAAUAGACGAUUACCUCAAUUUCUUGUGUGCUCGAGGCGAGAAUGCAAUACAAAUCAAUAAAUUAUCCCACAAGUUAUUUGUUUGCGAUCAAUCAUUCAAAGUGACGGAUUUGAAUUACCCUUCGAUCUCAGUCACAGAUAUAAAAACAGGCCCUGUGACGGUCAAUCGAAAGUUGAAGAACGUGGGAAGUCUAGGGACGUAUGUUGCUCAAGUGAAGGCGCCUUUGGAAGUCUCUAUCGCGGUUGAGCCAAGUACAUUGCAAUUUACAGCCAUGGAUGAAGAGAAGAGCUUCAAGAUUGUGUUGCAGAGAAGUGGAAAGGGAAGUCAAGAGGGCUAUGCGUUUGGGGAAUUAGCAUGGUCUGAUGGCAAACACAAUGUUAGGAGCUCCAUUGCUGUAAAUUUAGGGAAAUAG